AUGGCCAAGAAGAACUGCAGCAAAACAAAACAUUCUACUGAUUUAUCGCCGAAGGAAAAUAAAAGCAUAAAUCAGCUCGGCAUUGCAGGGUCACCUUUGAUCUUCAUUGUUCAUCCAUUCGAGCCAACUACAUCAACCCCUCUUCAGGCCUCUCGAUCUGUACGCUUACCGCGUCCUCAUCAUGAUAAUGCGCAGUUGAGUCCAAUAAUCCUCAAAAGGAAUGAUACUACCUGUGAAAGUACAGCACCGGCAACCUGCUUACAGUAA